UACUUCACAAGAGAAGCUCUCUUGUUAAAACAAAUCCAUUUACUUCAACUCCAUUGUUUCUCCCACUCCUUAUCUUGCAUUAUUCUUCAACCCCUACUUCCUUCGACAAAAUCAAAAUGCCUUCCCUCGACCGAGAGCUAGAAAUAGCCCUCCCUAACCUACCCUUCUCGGGGAUGUUCACACGCGAAAACCUUCCAGCUGCGCGACAAUUUGCAGAGAGCGCAAGCACUGUUGAUUCGAUAUUAGCCGUCUCUCCAUCCAUCACCCACGAGGAACGAACAAAAUCCGGGCCGCGCGGGGACAUUCCAAUUUCCAUCCUCCAAUCAUCCACUAGCAAAGACAACCGCAAAAGACCAUGCAUCAUCUACCUACACUGAGGAGGCAUGAUCAUGGGCAACCGUUUCAAGGGAGCGACUAUUCCCGCCGCAUGGGUGCCCGAUUUUGAAGCAGUCUGUGUGCUAGUAGAGUACCGACUAGCACCAGAAAACCCCGCCCCGGCCGGGGUGGAAGACUGCUACGCAGUUCUGAAAUGGACCAGCCAAAACGCAGACUCGCUGGGCAUUGAUCCCAGCCGCAUAAUAAUCGUCGGUUCAUCAGCGGGUGGCGGUCUCACAGCCGGGACAGCCCUUCUCGCACGAGACCACGGUGGCCCUGACGUUCACGCUCAGCUGCUGCUCGCGGCCAUGUUGGAUGAUCGCCAUAGGACGGUGUCGGCGAUGCAGUACGGUGACCAGCUGCCGUGGACGCAUGGGGUUGGCGAAAUGGCUUGGGAGUGUGCUCUUGAAAGAAGAGAAAUGAGAGAUGAGAGUCUGAGCAUCUACGCGGUACCUGGGCGCGCAGAGGAUCUGUCCAAUUUGCCCCAAACUUAUAUUGAUGUUGGCUCGGCUGAGGUAUUUCGGGAUGAGAGCAUUACAUAUGCGUCCGGUGUACUCGCUUCCGGGGGCCUGGUGCUUUUCAUGGAUCGAAUUUAUGGGUUCCUGAAGCUGCUCUUUCAAAAGCUGGCGCUAAGGCGAGGGACGAUUGGAUCGCUCGUAUGAUGAAAUAAUAAAUGUAGAGCUUGUAGAGACUGGGUUUCAAGAACACUUGAAACUUGACAUUGAUAUCUCACGCUCUGGUGUUCUGUACCACCAUGGAUCGUAAUUAUGAAUCAGCUGUUUUCCUGGAUGUGUAUGACUCGCUGUAUAGAUCAGCAGUUUCAAUAAUCAUAAUAAGGUAUCCGUCAGGAUAGCAUGAGAGAAGCAGGCAAGAAACUGGUGAUACAAAGAAAACGGGGGGAAAGAAAAAAAAAAAA